UUGCAAUGUGGGAGAGAGAGAGAGGGAGGCCACUUCUUUUUUAUGGCUAACGAGUAAAACAAAGCAGUUUUUUAUGUGUUGAGGACAAAGAGCGUCGCGCUUUAAACCCUCAGUCAUGGAGGAGAUCAGCAAUGUGGCUGUACUCGUCACACACUCCUCCUCUGCCUCCUCUUCGUCCUCCACUGCCUCAGCACUGGGACACGUCCCCCAAACUCAGUCCCAGCAGGCAGUAGAGGAGGACGCCUCCCACAGCUUUCAGCAGAAACAAGCUGCAGACUCUCUCAUCCAGGUCAUCGAGAAGCUCAGCAAAAUUGUCGAGAAGCGUCCCCAGCGUCGCUGCACCUUGGCGGGACAGAAAAGGGCGUUUCAACAUGCCCUCGCUGCGGGGGGGGAGGGUGGUGGUGGGGAGAGGACGAGAGGAAGCAGAGCAGACUCUCCCUUUAGAAAAAUAAAGAGGAACGUUAAGGAGGAGGAAAAUGUAGUGGAUGCUAGAUUAGAUGGCAGUGUAGAUGACGGCGCUCUUGGUUCUACUUUGUCAGGGGAUGAUAACAACAACAACAUCGGCUCCAUGGUAACAGAGGUCGCUGAGAACCCCGUCAGCAGCGACCACAAGCGGACUGUGACGUGCUACCAGUGCAGCCUGUGCCCCUAUCUCUCCCAAACGCUGCCCCUGCUGAAGGAGCCUAAGCAGCACAAUGAGCAGCACAGCGACCUCAUCCUCAUGUGCUCCGAGUGUCGCUUCACCUCCAGAGACCAGAGGCAGCUGGAGCAACAUGUCAGCAUGCACUUCGACAACGGCGGCAACCUGAACACGAGUCAUUGUGAUUCCUACAGCGAGGACAAGGAAGAGGUUUUAAGAAAGCAGGAGGGAGACUGGACUGGGAGCAGCAUCGAAACAGAGUUCAUCAAAAGCUCAGCAGAGGAAUCCAAAGAGCUACCACAGAAGAAGAAGUGGUACAGCUACGAGGAGUAUGGGUUGUACCGCUGCUUGAUCUGCAGCUAUGUGUGCAGCCAGCAGCGGAUGCUCAAGACCCAUGCCUGGAAGCACGCCGGCCUGGUGGACUGCUCUUACCCCAUCUUUGAGGAUGAGAAGGCUCCAGCAAAGAGAGAGGCCCAGGCUGCCGCCAACACUAUAUCAAACAGAGAGGAGAUAGUUGUUCUGUCCCCGGUUCUUCAGGAGAAAAGCAUGCCCACUGCCUUCAAGCUCCAGCUCUUUUCUGCUCCAGUGGCUCUUGAGAACAACCAGGACGUGUUGACUAAUCCCGUUUCUGAUCUGAGUAAAAGUCCAAAGACAGAGGAAGAGGAGAGUGUGUACCCUCUCAAAGACCUGACAUCCGAGGAGCCCCUGGUGGAGGUGCAGGUAACGACAGAGGCUGAGAUGGAAGUUGUUAAUCACCAUGAUAACAAUUCUACCACGGACAGUUUACUGUCAUCCGCUCAGAAGAUUAUCAACAGCAGUCCAAACAGCGCCGGCCAUAUCAACGUGAUAGUCGAACGCCUUCCUUCAGCCGAGGAUUCAGUCAUGGCAUCUAACCCUCUUCUACUCAACCCAGAUGUGGACAGGGACAAAAGCUUAUUGGCUGCAGAGGAGGAAGAGCAGCACCACGGUGUACCUGUAAAGGAAGAGGUGGAGAUUGGCUUCAGCGCCGGUAGUGACACUGACAUCCAGCAAUACGGAGCUGAUAACACCUCUGUCCCUAAGAGCAGCGAUUCUCCUCGGGAUGAAAACAUCCCACCAGCUGGUCGCAAGAGGACCCACUCUGAGUCUCUCCGGCUGCACUCUCUGGCUGCCGAGGCCCUGGUUGCUAUGCCCAUGAGGACCCCCGAGCUCCCCACCUCCAGUGCCAAAGUCAAUCUGAAAAGUAUCACAACCCAGACACAGUGCCAGAAACUCUUAGAGGUGACCGCAGACGGACCCAAGACAUCUGACAUAGGGACGACAGCGGCUCUGUUGGACCUGAAGCUGCACAGCAAAGGAAGAGAAGAUGAUUUGGGGUCCCUCUGUCUGGGAGAGGGAGACGAGGAGAGCCCUGCAGCCAAAGCUGGCAUCAGCCUGUCGCUUCUUACCGUCAUCGAGAGACUAAGAGAGCGCUCAGACCAGAACGUCGAUGAGGACAUAUUGAAAGAGCUUCAGGACAAUGCGCAAUUCCAAAAUGGAGAUGUGAGCGGUGUGGUGUCAGGAGCUGCGGCUGCGGGUUACAUCACCAUCCCUGGAAUGGACAGCUUAGUUUCUUCGUCCGAUGGCGGUCUGGUGGACUACUUCCCCGGCAGUGAAAGGCCGUAUCGGUGUCGCCUGUGUCACUACAGCAGCGGCAAUAAGGGCUACAUUAAGCAGCACCUACGGGUGCACAGGCAGAGGCAGCCGUAUCAGUGUCCCAUCUGUGAGCACAUCGCCUCGGACAGUAAGGACCUGGAGAGUCACAUGAUCCACCACUGCAAGACCAGGAUGUAUCAGUGCAAGCUGUGCCCAGAAGCUUUCCACUACAAGAGUCAGUUAAGAAGUCAUGAAAGGGAACAUCACAGCUUCAGCAGCGACAUCGCAGUUCUCACACCCGUUAACGACGCUGUGGCCGCGGUGGAGGACGCCGACCGGGUCACAGACGAAGAAUGUGGUUUACAGAAGAUGUAUAAAUGUGACGUGUGCGACUACACCAGCUCUACGUAUGUCGGGGUGAGGAACCACCGGCGGAUCCAUAACUCUGACAAACCUUAUCGGUGUUGUAGCUGUGAUUUUGCCACCACCAACAUGAACAGUUUGAAGAGCCACAUGAGGAGGCACCCUCAGGAGCACCAGGCUGUGCAGCUACUGGAGCAGUACAGGUGCUCCCUCUGUGGCUACGUGUGCAGUCAUCCCCCCUCGCUCAAAUCCCACAUGUGGAAGCACGCCGGAGACCAAAACUACAACUACGAGCAGGUUAACAAAGCCAUCAACGAGGCCAUCUCCCAGAGCAGCAGAGCUCCUCAGAAGUUGUCUGCCGUGCUGGAGACGGUGGCAGAGCGCCCCGCGGCGGUCCAGCCCUCAAAGGACAAAGCAAAGGGCCCGGUGGAAACACUGCCAACACCCGCAUCCACAGCAGCAGUCAGCCUGGCUGCGGACAGCUCGGCAGGCCUCCCCACCCCCAACACGGACCCCUCACAGUGGUCUAAUGACUCCCCCAGCCCCCAGGGGAAGGACCCUGCACAGCUCCAGUCUCAGUCCCAGAGCCAGCCACGCACCGGACAGACCGCUGCCCCCGGCCCGGUUAUGGAGUACUGUGUGCUCCUGUUCUGCUGCUGUAUCUGCGGCUUUGAGUCCACCAGUAAAGAGCGUCUGAUGGAGCACAUGAAGGAGCACGAGGGAGACAUCAUCAGCAUCAUCCUCAACAAGGAGCAGCAGCAGCAGCAGCAGCCAGAAGGCCAGACCGGCCUCCAAACAGCAGAGUGAGAGCUGCUCUAUCUCCCUCUCUUUGUAUUAACACUGACCCUGCGCUCUCACUGCGAUCUGCUGCAAACAGAACAAGAAGUAUUUCAUUAAGUUUCUUUACCUCAAGGUGGCUCUGGUGGAUGUCAAGGUCUAACCAUUUCAUGUCCACCGCGUCGUUAAAGCUAUCUCUCACAAUGUUCCGUUAAGUCUGACAGAUACCUUGAACCGGGAAGGAAAACAAUUAUGAAAUGAUUUCCUGAGUAGCAUAUAGAAAAGAAACGUUCAGAAGCCGUUAAAGUUAAGUUGUCGAACACUUUGACAUUAAAAAGACUCAGAAUGUGUCCGACAUUAAGGGACGAGGACGAGCUCUAUACCAAGUUUGAUUUUUCACUAGCCAGGACAAGUUCAUACCUCAAGAAACCAUGCAAUCCCACAGCAGAGAUGGGAAAAGAAAAGUUAGAUGCAUGUUCCAGCCUAAGGGCCUGUGUUCACAGACGGCCACAACCUCCUUUUCAGAGCGCUUCUCACAAGCACUUGAUGUCCGUUAGGUGUGGUUUAGUAAGCUCCAUGUGCUUAGUCUUUACUUUAAAUCAAGGAAAACAUGAAAACGAUGUGAAGGAGUUGUGUCCUGAUAUCUGGGAUUUGUCCCCUCGGCUCAUCAGCUUUGUCAACAACGGAGGAGGAGACGCUAGUCCAUUGUUGUUGACAAAGCUAAAAUCAGAAGUCCCGCCCCUUCUUGGUUCUGAUUGGUGAGGGAGAAGUGACAUUGACGAGCGUCUCGCUGUUCUAAAAGUUAAACUGUUUUUAACCGAGACAAAAACAAACAGCCGAGGGCGUUUCAUUCGAUUUGUUUAAAAACAAGGACAACAAGCACCGUCUGUGGACACAGGCCCCGAUUCAUUUAUCGACCACGAGGCAGCUGUUUUUAUUUCUACUGUAUUAUUUAAUAUAUUUAAUCUGACACAGUUGAGGCUCUGGCCCAGUUUAAGGGGGUACAUAUGUCUAAAGGCAUGAACCGCAGCUUGAAUAUGAUUUAAUAUUUAUCAGUUGAUUAUUAUGCAUGUUAGUUUCUGUUGUGCCAAUUUAAAGAGGCUAUUGUAAAGUAGUUAUUUUUAUUUUUGUUUGAAUGUUUCAAGUUUGUAUUUCUUUCCAGAUGGUUUAUAAAAUAGUGUCUUUGGGGAGAGAAAUGUCUAAAAGUGACCAGAGUAAAGUAGACUGACCCGGCACGUGGACAAACGGAAUGAUACAAAAGGGAAGUUAGCAAAGGUAGGGCUUAUUUUUGUAUUGGUAGGCGUAUGAUGUGUUUAAUCAGGCACGACUGUGUUCACCUGUGGUUGUGGUGCUACGCUCACUUCAAAAGUUAUUACUGAAGGAAAAGAUUGUUUUUUUUUUUUUUUACAGCCCAGGCCAUUUCUGAUGUAUAUAAUAACAUUUUUAUAACCUUUACUGUCAUUUUUCAGUGUUUUUAAAAUACAACUUUUUCUAGUGUCAAAUAAAAACUUGAGGUGACGACGUGUGUGAGCCGACUCGAGGCUGAAGAAAGACGAGACAGAUGUCGUAAUAAAGCUGAGGUGCGAAGCUCCUCUGGUGACUGAGUGGAAGAAAGAGUGUCUAAUACUGACUGCUUUUGAAGAAGGAAAGUGUCGGAGCUAUUUUUCAUACAAUAAAUAAAAAAUGUAACCCUUCAA